UCAUUAUAACAGCCAGUGCAGCCGCCAUCCACGCACAAGCAAAGAAGCAUGUCCCAUUUAAAUACACCCACGCAGCCCCAGCGCCCUUAGCUGCUCAGGGCGCGCAGCCCACACGCACCGCGACUCCGGGCUUGGAGAUCCGCGCAGAGGCUGGGCUCCCGGAGCCGGCGGACUGACGCGCGGAGGAUCGCGAUCAGGCGCUGUGGGGCCGGGGUGGGCGGGGGAGGCUGGGCCCCGGGCCUCUGGCGCGACACCCGCAUGAGGACGCGAGUGAAAUAGACCGAGGUGGAAUUUUCAACGGGAAAUCUUCGGGGUGGUUUUGGUCCAUUUCUCCCGCGAAGCAGUCGACAUGGCGAGCGACUCGCCGGCUCGCAGCCUGGAUGAAAUCGAUCUCUCGGCUUUGAGGGACCCUGCAGGGAUCUUUGAAUUGGUGGAACUUGUUGGCAAUGGAACAUACGGGCAAGUGUAUAAGGGUCGUCAUGUCAAAACGGGCCAGCUUGCAGCCAUCAAGGUUAUGGAUGUCACAGGGGAUGAAGAGGAAGAAAUCAAACAAGAAAUUAACAUGUUGAAGAAAUAUUCUCAUCACCGGAAUAUUGCUACAUACUAUGGUGCUUUUAUCAAAAAGAACCCACCAGGCAUGGAUGACCAACUCUGGUUGGUGAUGGAGUUUUGUGGUGCUGGCUCUGUCACUGACCUGAUCAAGAACACGAAAGGUAACACGUUGAAGGAAGAGUGGAUCGCGUACAUCUGCAGGGAGAUCUUACGAGGGCUGAGUCACCUGCACCAGCAUAAAGUGAUUCAUCGAGAUAUUAAAGGGCAAAAUGUCUUGCUGACUGAAAAUGCAGAAGUUAAACUAGUGGACUUUGGAGUCAGUGCCCAGCUCGAUCGAACAGUGGGCAGGAGGAAUACCUUCAUCGGGACGCCCUACUGGAUGGCUCCAGAAGUUAUUGCCUGUGACGAAAACCCAGAUGCCACAUAUGAUUUCAAGAGUGACUUGUGGUCUUUGGGAAUCACCGCCAUCGAGAUGGCAGAAGGUGCUCCCCCUCUGUGUGACAUGCACCCCAUGAGAGCCCUCUUUCUCAUCCCCCGGAACCCAGCGCCUCGGCUGAAGUCUAAGAAGUGGUCAAAAAAAUUCCAGUCCUUUAUUGAGAGCUGUUUGGUAAAGAAUCACAGCCAGCGACCAGCAACAGAACAACUGAUGAAGCAUCCAUUUAUACGAGACCAACCUAAUGAACGACAGGUCCGCAUUCAGCUCAAGGACCAUAUUGAUAGAACAAAGAAGAAGCGAGGAGAGAAAGAUGAGACGGAGUAUGAGUACAGCGGGAGUGAGGAAGAAGAGGAGGAGAAUGACUCAGGAGAGCCCAGCUCCAUCCUGAACCUGCCCGGCGAGUCGACGCUGCGGCGGGACUUCCUGCGGCUGCAGCUGGCCAACAAGGAGCGGUCCGAGGCCCUGCGGCGGCAGCAGCUAGAGCAGCAGCAGCGGGAGAACGAGGAGCACAAGCGGCAGCUGCUGGCCGAGCGCCAGAAGCGCAUCGAGGAGCAGAAGGAACAGCGGCGCCGGCUGGAGGAGCAACAAAGGCGAGAGAAGGAGCUGCGGAAGCAGCAGGAGAGGGAGCAGCGGCGGCACUACGAAGAGCAGAUGCGCCGGGAGGAGGAGAGGAGACGCGCGGAGCACGAGCAGGAGUACAUCAGGCGACAGUUAGAGGAGGAGCAGAGACAGUUAGAGAUCUUGCAGCAGCAGCUACUGCAUGAACAAGCUCUACUUCUGGAAUAUAAGCGCAAACAGUUGGAAGAACAGAGACAAGCAGAAAGACUACAGAGACAGCUAAAGCAAGAGAGAGACUACUUGGUUUCCCUUCAGCAUCAGCGGCAGGAGCAGAGGCCUGUGGAGAAGAAGCCACUGUACCAUUACAAAGAAGGGAUGAGUCCUAGUGAGAAACCAGCGUGGGCCAAGGAGGUAGAAGAACGGUCAAGGCUCAACCGGCAGAGUUCACCUGCCAUGCCUCACAAGGUUGCCAACAGGAUAUCAGACCCCAACCUGCCCCCACGGUCGGAGUCCUUCAGCAUCAGUGGGGUUCAGCCUGCUCGGACACCCCCCAUGCUCAGACCAGUAGAUCCCCAGAUCCCACAUCUGGUAGCUGUGAAAUCCCAGGGACCUGCCUUGACCGCCUCCCAGUCGGUGCACGAGCAGCCCAUGAAGGGCCUCUCUGGGUUUCAGGAAGCUCUGAACGUGAGCUCUCACCGUGUGGAGAUGCCGCGCCAGAACUCGGAUCCCACCUCUGAAAACCCGCCUCUCCCCACUCGCAUCGAGAAGUUUGACCGAAGCUCUUGGUUACGACAGGAAGAAGACAUUCCACCAAAGGUGCCUCAAAGAACAACUUCUAUAUCCCCAGCAUUAGCGAGAAAGAAUUCUCCUGGAAACGGUAGUGCUCUGGGACCCAGACUAGGAUCUCAACCCAUCAGAGCAAGCAACCCUGACCUCCGGAGAACUGAGCCCAUCGUGGAGAGCCCCUUGCAGAGGACCAGCAGUGGCAGUUCCUCCAGCUCCAGCACCCCUAGCUCCCAGCCCAGCUCCCAAGGAGGCUCUCAACCUGGGUCACAAGCAGGAUCCAGCGAGCGGACCAGGGUUCGAGCCAACAGUAAGUCGGAAGGAUCACCUGUGCUCCCCCAUGAGCCUUCCAAGGUGAAACCUGAAGAAUCCAGGGAAAUUACCCGACCUAGUCGACCGGCUAGCUAUAAGAAAGCUAUAGACGAGGAUCUGACGGCAUUAGCCAAAGAAUUAAGAGAACUCCGGAUUGAAGAAACAAACCGCCCGCUGAAGAAAGUGACGGAUUACUCCUCCUCGAGUGAAGAGUCGGAAAGCAGUGAUGAAGAGGAGGAAGAUGGAGAGAGCGAGACCCAGGACGGGACAGUGGCUGUCAGCGACAUACCCAGACUGAUACCCACAGGAGCCCCCGGGAGUGCUGAGCAGUACAAUGUGGGAAUGGUCGGCACGCACGGGCUGGAGACCUCUCACGCAGACACUUUCAGCAGCAGUAUUUCAAGAGAAGGGACCUUGAUGAUAAGAGAAACAUCUGGAGAGAAGAAGCGAUCCGGCCAUAGUGACAGCAACGGCUUCGCCGGUCACAUCAACCUCCCGGACCUGGUGCAGCAGAGCCAUUCCCCUGCGGGGACCCCCACUGAGGGCCUGGGACGCGUCUCCACCCACCCCCAGGAGAUGGACUCUGGGACUGAAUAUGGCAUGGGGAGCAGCACCAAAGCCUCCUUCACCCCCUUUGUGGACCCCAGAGUGUACCAGACGUCUCCCACUGAUGAAGAUGAAGAGGAUGAGGAAUCUUCAGCUGCCGCUCUGUUUACUAGCGAACUUCUUAGGCAAGAACAGGCCAAACUAAAUGAAGCAAGAAAGAUUUCAGUGGUAAACGUAAACCCAACCAACAUUCGGCCUCAUAGCGACACACCAGAAAUCAGAAAAUACAAGAAGCGAUUCAACUCAGAAAUACUUUGUGCAGCUCUGUGGGGUGUAAACCUCCUGGUGGGAACUGAAAAUGGCCUGAUGCUUUUGGACCGAAGCGGGCAAGGCAAAGUUUAUAAUCUGAUCAACCGGAGGCGAUUUCAGCAGAUGGAUGUGCUAGAGGGACUGAAUGUCCUCGUGACGAUAUCAGGAAAGAAGAAUAAGCUACGAGUUUACUAUCUUUCAUGGUUAAGAAACAGAAUAUUACACAAUGACCCAGAAGUAGAAAAGAAACAAGGCUGGAUCACUGUUGGGGACUUGGAAGGCUGUAUACAUUACAAAGUUGUCAAAUAUGAAAGGAUCAAAUUCUUGGUGAUUGCCUUAAAGAAUGCUGUGGAGAUAUAUGCUUGGGCUCCUAAACCAUAUCAUAAGUUCAUGGCCUUUAAGUCUUUUGCAGAUCUCCAGCACAAGCCACUGCUUGUUGAUCUCACAGUAGAAGAAGGUCAAAGAUUAAAGGUUAUUUUUGGUUCACACACUGGUUUCCAUGUAAUUGAUGUUGAUUCAGGAAACUCUUAUGAUAUCUACAUACCAUCUCAUAUUCAGGGCAAUAUCACUCCUCAUGCUAUUGUCAUCUUGCCUAAAACAGAUGGAAUGGAAAUGCUUGUUUGCUAUGAGGAUGAGGGGGUGUAUGUAAACACCUAUGGCCGGAUAACUAAGGAUGUGGUGCUCCAAUGGGGAGAAAUGCCCACGUCUGUGGCCUACAUUCAUUCCAAUCAGAUAAUGGGCUGGGGCGAGAAAGCUAUUGAGAUCCGGUCAGUGGAAACAGGACAUUUGGAUGGAGUAUUUAUGCAUAAGCGAGCUCAAAGGUUAAAGUUUCUAUGUGAAAGAAAUGAUAAGGUAUUUUUUGCAUCCGUGCGAUCUGGAGGAAGUAGCCAAGUGUUUUUCAUGACCCUCAACAGAAAUUCCAUGAUGAACUGGUAACAGAAGAGCACUUGGCACUUAUCUUCAUGGCGUUAUUUCUAAUUUAAAAGAACAUAACUCAUGUGGACUUAUGCCAGUCUAGAGGCAGAAUCAGAAGGCUUGGUUGACCAUACCGCUUUACCCUUUUCCUCUCCCUCCACCCGUCCCAGUACAGUCCAUCUUUCAGUGUUGCAGCCUGGUUGAGAAGGAGAGAAAAAGGUGGCAGGAAUUUCCAGGAGAUCCCCAAGAAUGCUGCGUUGUCUGUGGACAAAGAUGGACCACGUGCCCUUCGGAGUUAGGGAUAGAAACAAAUAUUGUGUGCUCUUAUGAUUAAGCUGUGUUCUGGUGGGUUUUUGAGUUUUAUUUUGUUUUGUUUUUUUUACCUUUUUUCUUUACCCCUUUACUUUGUAAGAAUGGGGAAAGAAUGCAUACUGAGAAAAUGUCUGUUUUUAAUUCUGUCUGCCUGCUAGCUUUCAGUACACAAUGUGUUGUAAAAUUUCCAAUUUCGAAUGGUGAGAGACAGCACAAUAAAUGUACCUUAUCUCUUUACACUGAAGGCCAUAACUACAUAGUGGGGUAAUUGUAGAACUCUUUUGCCUUCACGAGCCCAAAAGGUUGCUUUUUGAUAGCAACUGCUAAUGGAUUUUUAAAAGAGAAGAAAAAUACUAGUUUUCCCCUCUUUUGGGAAAUGGAUUUUAAAUGGCUAAACUACUAGCCUUAGACUAAUAAAAUCAACUACCAUUUUUGUGAGUCUGGCAGGCCCUAUUUUAUAUGGCCCUGUACAGAACAGAGUGUGUUGAAUGGGAUAGUAGUGCCAUUGAGUUGAGUUGCCUCUAGUGAAUGAGGGACUCUAUAAUACAACAUUGCCUCAGCGAUUAUGCAACAGAUCAGGGCAAAAGAUGGGAUGACAGAGGGGGUCAGACAGAAAAAGCUGCUGGAAACAAGCUAAAAAUGUAUACACACACACACACACACACACACACACACACUAUUUUUUUCCAAAUGCACAAAACUUCCCAGCUUAGAGGUCACUCUGUUCGGGCUUCGUUAGGAGUUAAGACUUUGUUCUUUCUGGGAAUUGGAGAAUAAAUAAGAUCCAGGCUCUGGUCGUUCCCAGCUUUCUCCUGAGGGUGCCACUUUCCCAAGAUGAAAACUGUGACUGAAAAAAAUAAUAAUAAUAAAUGUUUCUGAGCUGCCUGUGUUCUCUCUGGGUUGGUGAGAGAAGGGACUAGACUACUAAGCCUGCCUGAGACCCAGUGGGCAUCAUUGGUUCAGAUGUUAUAGAACUUGAAAGCAAGGCUUUGGCCAAAAUUCUGAGACCCUAAUCAUUUUACCUUCCUCCAAAUUACCCAACAUACGGUAAACAACAUUUGUGCAGAAUAUGUAUGUAUUUCGUUCAGGUUGACUUGUGUCCUUAUAGACUCUUACGCGGAUGAUUUGAACUUUUACGUGACUGUCUGGGAUUUCUUUUUCCAAAGCUACCAGCAUGGCCGCCUGUGGUAUCAAGGUGUUGCAAAACGAUAUCUGUGUUGCGCUUCCUGUUUUAACCUACCUCGUUUCGUUUGUUUUGUUUCACUGUUCAUCACAGCAGUGUUAUCUCCAGGAGACAUAUAGAGAGCUCAACUGGCAAUCUCAGGUGCAUUUAAUAUUUUAAAAUGAAACAGUAGUUGACCAAAUUGUUCUUCUUGAAAAAUUGAAAAAAAAAAAAAUCCAACAACAACAAAACUAAUGUGGCUUGUUUCUGGAGAAAACAAUUACUCUAAACAGAUCAAAAAAAAAAAAAAUCUACGAUCCUACUGAUUUUGCCUAAAUACAUGAGCAGCUGAUGUACUAUUAAUGAGAACAAAAUACACAUUAGGAAAACGGCGCUAUUUCAAUCUGGUGGCUUGGGCAAGGGGAGACAGGGAAGGGGAAAUAUUCUAGUUCUGUUAUAGAUGAUUCUGCCCCUCCUGUAAAUGUGGUUGUCAUUUGCAGUUAUUUUAAGCAGGUAACACAGGAAUGGAAUUGAGGAUUAUCUUCAGGCGAUCACCAAGAUGUCCUCAUUGUGGUCCCUUUAGUGCUCAAAAGCAAUGAUAUCCUCCCGUUCUCAUUUUUACUGCUAAGGUUCUGCUGCUGAACAAUAUUAUCUUCACAAAUUCCGUGCAACAAAUUCAGCAAUGACGUUUUGGAUUGAAUUUAGCAACUACUGUAAUUGGAUGCUGACGUGGACAAGAUAUAUUGAUUUGGGUCUCAUCCCCACAUGUGAUUGCCACCAGCUCUUUAUAUCGCUGCUGUGGUAUUUUAAACCAGAAGCUUCUUUAAAUUAUGUUGCAAACUGAUCUUUGUUUUUAUGUUUUGUUUUGUUUUUAUUUCUAAGUGGUAAGUUCGAAACACACAGCUUUAAAUGAUUUUUUUAUCGUGGGAUUUUGGGUACAGUUAAGAAAUAAAAGGGAAUCAUUGUGUUUAAACAUAAGGUAGUUUGUGAAUGUAUUUUUUAAAGCCUAGAUUCAUUGAAACAAAAAAUCAUAAGAGAACAAUAUUAAUGCAGUCUUGUUUACAGUAUGUACAGUGACAUAACAUAGAACAUGAGCUUUUCUGGUGCCAACAACAAUAAAACACAGACGUUAAACAUCAA